AUGGAUUACAUGGACAGUGGUCUGAGGUACACUCCCACCCAGGACAAAGACUGGGACGCUGACGUUCAGUUCCUGCCGGCGUCGGACAACAAAAAGCUCGAGAAGAAGAAAGGACCGGGCAAGGUGGGCGCGGUCAUCGGAGUGCUCGUCUUAUGCGUCGUCAUAGCGUUGAUGGCGGGCUUGUUGGUCUGGCAUUUCCAUUACCGUAAAGACGUGCGCGUAAAGAAGAUGUACAGCGGCUCUAUGAGGAUCACCAACCAGGUGUUCGACAACGCCUACGAGAACACCAACAGUUCCGAGUUCAAGGCUCUGGCCAAACAGGUUAAGACGCAGCUCAAAAUGCUCUACAGCAAAAGUCCACAGCUGUCCAAAUACUAUGUGGGCUCCACCGUUCAGGCUUUCAGCGAGGGGAGCGUGAUCGCUUACUACAUUUCUGAGUUCAGCGUUCCCAGCGGCCAGGAGUCGGCGGUGGACCACGCCAUGUCCACAAUGGAUAAACUGGUGGAGAAAGAGCAGCGCAGCAUCUACAGGCCGGGAAACUCUUUGCUGCUGGAGGACGUCAUAUCAUCGGAACUUGAUUCCCGGUUGUUUUCUACGAAAUUCAGGAAAUUUUUUAGGUUUUCCGAGCACACCAGGACGAAUCACAUCGGGCAGAUAAGGUCCCCGGGCUUCCCCGACAGCCCGUACCCACCCAACACCUUCAUGCAGUGGCAGGUUCGGGCCGACCCAGGCUACGUCAUCAAGCUGGACUUCGACACCAUGAACUUGGAGGAGAACUGCAGGAACGACUUCGUCAAGAUCUACGACUCCCUGGUGGCCAUAGAAACCAGCGUCGUGCAGGAGAUGUGUGGCUACUACGCCCCCAGCGAGCCUUUAGCUUUCCUAUCAUCAGGCAAUGUGAUGCUGGUCACUAUGGCGACCAACCAAGAGAAAAACUACCCGGGCUUCCGAGCGCAAGUGUCGCAGGUGCGACGCGGCAGCACCAAUACAAGGUGCGGCGGACGGCUGACGGGCAACGUGGGAAGUUUUACUUCUCCCAACUUUCCUAAUUAUUACCCACCUGGGACUUCCUGCGAGUGGACCAUUGAGGUCCCUGCUGGAAAGUCGGUGAAGGUGACUUUCAAAAAGUUCCUUAUGGACGAACCGGGCCAGGGUGGAAGCAAAGGCUGCCGCAAGGACUACGUUCAGAUCAACGGGAAGAAAUUUUGCGGGGAUCAUGAAGACAACUCUGUCACGGAGACUAGCAGCACCAAUCAAAUGACUGUUCAGUUUUACUCCGACGGAUCUUACGUGGACCGAGGCUUCAACGCGACGUUUGAGGCGGUUGACAGUGCCGAUCCGUGCCCCAAGCAGUUCCAGUGCAAGAACCAACGUUGCAUCAAGUCUGAACUCAAGUGCGACGGCUGGAACGACUGCGGAGACAUGACCGACGAGUUCAACUGCAAGUGCAGCUCCAAUCAUAUCCACUGUAAGAACGGGCUUUGCAAGCCCAUGUUCUGGAAGUGCGACAGCGUGGACGACUGCGGUGAUGGUACCGACGAGGAGGGCUGUGGCGCCUGCGCUAAAGGACAGUUCAGCUGCAAGAACGGCAACUGCGCUUCGGAGAAGAAACGCUGUGACGGAAGAGACGACUGUGGCGACGGUUCCGAUGAGCUCGAUUGCGGAAGAGGCACGGGUUCUAGUUCCGGUUCUGUGGCGUGCACCGACCUGACAUUCAAAUGCAACAACAACAAAUGUAUCAGCAAAGUAAACCCGGAAUGUGACGGCGACCAAGACUGCGAGGAUGGCUCCGAUGAGAUCAACUGCGAUUGCGGCCGCAGCAAGUUCAAGUCGACGCGAAUUGUCGGCGGUCAGGACGCCGAAGCGGGCGAAUUCCCGUGGCAGGUCAGCCUGCAAACCAAGCGUUUCGGACACCUUUGCGGCGCCAGCCUCAUCAGUCCCGGCUGGCUGGUCACCGCCGCCCACUGCGUGCAGGACGAUGGCAGGAACAAGUUCCACCAGCCUGACACUUGGUUCGCGUACAUGGGCCUCCACACGCAGCGCAACAUCGGCAACACAGUGGAGAAGAGGAAUAUCAAGCGCAUCAUCCCGCACCCCAACUACAAUGACUACACCUUCGACAACGACAUCGCCCUGAUGGAGCUGGAGAGUCCCGUGGCGUACAGCGACUUCAUCCAACCCAUCUGCCUGCCAGCCGCGCAGCACGACUUCCCCGUCGGGUCCACCGUCACCAUCACUGGCUGGGGCGCUCAGCGGGAGGGAGGAACGGCGGCCACGGUAUUGCAAAAAGCGCAGGUGCGCACGAUAAACUACACAGUGUGUGACAAACUGCUGGGUGGUCAGCUGACCACCAGGAUGAUGUGUGCCGGUAUUCUGGCUGGAGGAGUCGACGCGUGCCAGGGGGACUCCGGCGGGCCUCUCACCAUCCCAUCCGGCAUCCGCAAUUUCCUCGGGGGCGUGGUCAGCUGGGGUGACGGUUGCGCCCGCCGAAAUAAGCCGGGCGUUUACACGACUGUCACCAAAUUUCGCGGAUGGAUCAAACAGAACACGGGCGUGUAA